AUGGUUGCCAACCGUAAGAGAUUAAGAAGAUCAUCCUUCAAUAGACUGAAAAAACAUCUGGAAGUCUUUAAUCACGAUAACCAUCAUAAAAAGCAGCAUAAUGGUGCUAAUUCGUUUGAAACGUUGAUUGAUGAAUCAUAUGAAAAUUUAUUGGCUUUAGAAUCAAAUAGUAAUUCUGUUGACGAAAGUAAUGGUUCAGACAAUGAGAUAGUAGAUGUGCUUUCAACCGAACAAGACAAAUAUGAAACAGAUGACUCUGUGACAAGUAAAAGUGGUAAUUUAAUUGAGAAUAACAAUGACUUUAUUGCUUUUAGCAGUGAUAGUGAAGAUGAACUUGAAAACUUCAAUCAUGAAGAUAGUGAAAACGAGCAGGAUGAGAGUGCAAAAAACGUUAGAGGACUAAACCCUGAUUUUCCCUGGUUAUUGGAUCAUGACCAUUCCAAAGAAAUUAGCAUUACUGAUUGGCUAACCACGGAAAUAAAAGAUUUUGUGGCUUAUAUCUCACCAAACAAAGAAGAAAUCGAACAAAGAAACCAUUUGAUUAAGAUGUUACGUUAUUUAGUGAAACAACUAUGGCCAGACUCAAAGUUGCAUGUCUUCGGGUCCUAUGCUACAGAUCUCUAUCUUCCUGGCUCAGAUAUCGAUGUUGUGAUUAAUAGUAAGACAGGAGACAAGGAACAGAGACAAUAUCUAUAUGAUUUAGCAAGACAUCUAAAAGCAUCUGGGUUUGCCACACACAUUGAAGUGAUCAGUAAGACUCGUGUUCCUAUUAUAAAGUUUGUGGAACCCGAUUCAAAUAUACAUGUGGAUAUAUCAUUUGAAAGAACCAAUGGUAUUGAAGCUGCCAAAUUGAUUAGAAAUUGGUUAUCUGUCACACCUGGAAUGCGUGAAUUGGUACUAAUUAUCAAACAAUUUUUGUCAACACGAAGACUCAAUGACGUACAUACAGGUGGUCUUGGAGGGUUUUCUAUCAUCUGUAUGGUUUACUCAUUUUUACAACUACAUCCAAGAAUCAAAAUGAACGAGAUCGAUAUAUCAGAGAACCUUGGUGUGUUAUUGAUCGAGUUCUUUGAAUUGUAUGGUAAAAACUUCUCAUAUGACGAGGUUGCAUUAAGUUUUAAUGAAGACGAAUAUCCUAUAUAUGUGCCUAAAUCCCAUUGGAAAGCUUUGCUGCCUGUAAAAAGGCAAUUUUCUAUAGCGAUCCAGGAUCCAAGAGACCCAUCGAACAAUAUUAGUCGUGGGUCCUUUAAUUUGGGUACUAUUAAAAAAAGUUUUGCAGGUGCAUUUGAUUUAUUGACAGAUAAAUGCUUUGAAUUGAAUCAAUGUACGUUUAGGGAUCGAAUUGGGAAAAGUAUACUGGGGAAUGUAAUAAAAUAUAAAGGAGCUAAGAGAGAUUUCAAAGAUGAAAGGUCACUUGUGGUUAAUACAGCAAUAAUAGAGAACGAAAGAUUUCAUUAUGAAAGAAAAAGGACAUUUAAGAUUAUGGAAGGUGAGGAAAAACAAGAUGCCAAUUAUGAAAGUGAUGAAAGAUUUUUAAAUCCAAGUGAGGAUGAACUAUUGACAGGUGGACAUGAUGACGUGGAAAUGUACAAAUUGGAUAAGAAUACAAUUGAAUUACUAAGAACUUCAAAUAAAAAAGAUAGUCAUAGUCUUGUUCAUGUUCAUAGUCAGGAUGUUAUAAAGGUUAAAAAGCCUGGUAAGAAAAGAAAAAUUAAUCCUGAGAUACUGAUUAAAAAACGUCGUGGUAGUCCUGUGUCUAAUAGAAACUGGCAAUCUAUAGAUAUUCUAAUGGGAUUACUAGAUGAGGAUGAGGAUGAGGACGAAGACGAAGGUAAAGACAAAGACAAAGACGGGGAUAACUAUAAUGCUUCAGAUGAUAAUGAAAGCUAUAUAGAUAGCAGGAGUACAGAACCUUCUUCAAUACCGCCAACAUUGGUUUCAAAUAAUAUCAAGACCACGUCCAAAUUAAAAAAAACCACUGUGGAUGCACAAACAAGAAGAGAUUAUUGGCUGUCUAAGGGUAAAACCUUAAAUUCUGGAAUUAUUCCUGGAACCAUUUAG